UGGAUUCUCUGAGAUGAAAAAUGAAUCAAGUCAGCUUUACAACGGAGAAGCUGGAGCAGCUUUGCCAUCAUCUGCAAAACAACAAAGACAACCUGUUACCAGUGUCGCAGCUGUACUGAAGAGAAUAAGGGUUCAUACAGAGGCCCAGAGGAUUCUGGGUAAUUCCUGCAUACCUGUAGUGAGCCUGGAGCGCCUGAACUUCCAGUCCGCUUCCUUAUCGUCUUUGCAGCCUGAAGUGUCUCUGGUUCAACUUCCCUGCCAAACUCAAACCGAGCUUCACAAUGACGUUACUUUAAAUCAUCCUCAACAGAAUGGAUUCAGUGGAAACGAGGCACACAUUUUAGAGAUCAGAGAGGAUUCACCUGAGUCUGAACCGGCAGCAUUAUCUGAUCUCAGUCAAACAGAAACAACAUCAAUUUCCUGGACUGAACCGUACUCUCCUGACAGUUUCCCCUCUGAAGACCCAGUGCAGGACGCAGGCUUUGACUGUGAAUCAAACCCAGAUCAGUCGUUUAUCCUGUUGGAUUGUGGAUCUGAUGAAUGGGACCCCAAUGGAAAAUCAAACUCCGACACGUUUUAUUUGGAUCCAGAUCAGGGGCAGACCAUUAUGAUCGUAUUGGAUCCAGAACCAGACACCGAUCAGACCGCAUCCAUGCAGCUCGAGGAUGUGUCUGAAACUACAUGUGAGGUGGAUGUGGUUGAAAUGGAGGAGAUGGAAGAGCAGAGAGCUGAUGUUUGCUGCUCACAGGAGGAGGCACCCUCCUCCAUCCAUCAGCCUGAACCUGGAGAUGAGACUGAGGCGGUGGAGAGUGAAGACUACUGUGCCGUCUGUCUGAAUGGAGGAGAUCUGCUCUGCUGCGACAGCUGCCCUAAAGUUUACCACUCGGCCUGUCACAUACCUCCUCUCAUCAGCCUCCCUCUAGGUGACUGGGUGUGCACGUUGUGCAGGUCUGACCAGGAGCCUGUGGAGGGCUACGACUGUGAGAACAUCCACAACUGUGAGGGAAUCAAACCCCCGUACACAUUGUCCAACCAGGACCAGACGAGGUGUGAGAAGUUGACCCUGCUGUUGUACUGUCACCUGCUAAGCGCUCCGUUUCAUGAACCCGUCAGUCGUCUGGCUCGAAACUACUACCAGAUCAUCAAGAGGCCCAUCGACCUGUCGGUGAUCCGCAGGAAACUGGACGAGAGCAAAACCGUGCACUACUUCAGCGCUGAGCAGUUCGUCGAUGACGUCCUGCUGAUGUUCAAGAACUGUGCUACUUUCAAUUACCCAGACUCGGAGGUGGCUCAGGCCGGGCGAAACCUGGAGGAGUUCUUCUUUGGCAAACUGAGGGAGAUUUUUCCUGACAGGACGUUCCCGACGGCCAGCCAGGACACAGUGGACGCCGCUCGUCUCCGCUGGCUGAACAAGAAGAGGAAGGAAAACAACAGGAAGAGGAGACACACGUUUAGAGGGAAAAAAUAUUAUCUUUAACUUAACAUUGUUGUGUUAAAGCCUUUUUGUACUCUUAUUUUUUACAUGGAGAAUUGCAUUUUAUUGGGAACCAGUAACAUGUGUGUCAGAUAUUUCCACAGAUUUGCAGGUAUGAAAAAUUCUUGGCAAAUUAUUCACAUUAGUUUAAAGGCAGCAGAGCGAUGCGAUGGUGAGCACAACUACCUCACAGGUUCAAAUCCCAGCUUAAUCCUACAGUCCAAAGACAUGCAGAUUGGAAACUGUUUAACUGGAUAUUUGAAAUGUCUGUAUGUUUGUGUGAAUGGUUGUUUGUCUUUGUAGCCCUGUGAUACGCUGGCAACCCGUCCACCUCCGCCAAAUGUCUGCUGGGAUUUGUCCAAGCUCCCCCAGCGACCGUCAAAUGAUAAACUGUGUAGAUAAUGAUAGGUGAUUAGGGAGGUGACUAGACUCGUCUCAUGUUACUUUUUGUGAUGUAACUGACAUUGUUCUUUAAGUCUGUGAAAUUUAAACCAGGGCCUCAGACAACACUAAUAGGUGGUCGGUUAUACAGGUAUAAUACCUGGUCUAAUAACCAUUGGACAAAGGUUUAAUAUAUAACACAAUUUCCAAACAGAAUGCUGCUUGUUUAGGUGUAGUUGUUCUGCCACAAUAUACAGACAUGUACGCUGCCCCAAACUUUGGAGCAUUACACCUUAACUUUAAGUGGAAAAGCUUCUUUUCACGUUUUGUCACCUAUUUGUCACAGUUAUAGCAGAACCAAGUUGAAAUGAUUUGGAGAGAAAUACUUAGAAACAAUAAGAAUCAUGCU